GUUGUGAAACGUUUUGAUAUAAAAAAAGAGUGUUUUGUUUUGCAGGGUUCGAAGAAUGAGAACAAACAGGGUAAAAACAGUCCUAAUAUUUGGAGUUCUUGGUCUGUUGGUUUUCCAUCUCUGGAAAUAUGUUUUUACUCACCAUGCAACCAACCACUUACAAGUGAAUGUGAGAAGGGAGGACAGUCAAAAGACUAACUCCUUUGUUUAUUCUUGGCCAAAAUGUCAACAAAAUAUGUCUGCUGCCAACAUCAUAGGGUUCAGCUCUCUUUCUGGAGAUAUCCAAGACUUUCUCUAUUAUCAACACUGUCGCCAUUUCCCCAUGCUACUGGACCUUCCUGACAAAUGUGGAGGAGCUGAUAAUUCUGCAGAAGUCUUCCUUCUGCUGGUCAUUAAAAGCUCCCCUGUGAACUACGACCGCCGAGAAGUGCUGCGUAAAACCUGGGCUAAAGAGAGGUUACACAAUGGUGUGUGGAUCCGAAGGAUCUUCCUCUCAGGAACGAUGGAUACUGGUUUUGAGAAAGAGAGACUGAAUAAACUACUUGAACUGGAGCAGCGAGAGUACAAUGACAUCAUCCAAUGGGACUUCAAUGAAGGAUUCUUCAACCUCACCUUGAAGCAGAUACUGUUCCUGGAAUGGAUGGAAAGAAACUGUCCAAACGCUCGCUUCCUGCUAAAUGGCGAUGAUGACGUCUUUGCCAACACAGACAUCAUGGUUGAGUAUCUCCAAGGCCUCAAGGACAACAAUGGAAGCAAGCACCUCUUUACCGGCCAUCUGAUCCAGGACCAAGGGCCUGUUCGAUGGACAAAGAGCAAGUACUAUGUCCCAGUUCAGGUGCAGGAGUCAGACUCAUACCCUCCUUACUGUGGGGGUGGGGGCUUCCUCUUAUCUGGUUAUACAGCUUUGGUCAUAUACAAUGUGUCACAGUCCAUUACCAUUCAUCCAAUUGACGAUGUUUACAUGGGAAUGUGUCUGGCCAAAGCAGGACUUGGCCCUGCUUCCCACAUGGGCUUCAAGACUUUUGGACUGCACAUCCCCUCAAAGAAAGUAGAUCUAUAUGACCCUUGUUAUUAUAGAGAACUUUUAUUGGUACACAGAUUCCUACCAGCUACAAUGUAUUUUAUGUGGCACAAAAUAGAUGAUCCAAAUCUGAAAUGUGGUAUUAAUAGACACUCUCUCUAG